UAAGAAACAUGGCGGCCCGCACACGCCUGCCCUUGCUCUUCCCUAAAAACCUGCCUCCAUUUAGGAACCAAAGGCUUGCACACACAGAGGCGGCCGUCAAGGAGCCCGCGUAUCCGCCCAUCAUCUCAUCUCUCACGGCUAAAAGCAAAUCUGCCCGGGGGAGACAGGUUGACGAGCAGGUACAGAAGAUAUGUGCCUCUCCGGUGGAGGAGAAGCUCUCCCUCAUCACUCGCAUCCAGCGGAUGAAAUUUGUGGUUUACCCUCAGACUUUUGCAAGGAACGCGGACACAUGGUACCAGCACUUCACCAAGACCGCAUAUAUCCCCGGCCUGCCCGAGAAAUACACCCUGAGCCCGGAGAGGGAGACCGGGGGAGAGGAGGAGCAGCCGGCCGCUGCUCAGACCACAGUGCCGGGGGUUGGACAUGAUGGGUUCACGGACAUCCGAUCCUUGGUCACUCGUGUGAUUUUACUGGAGCACUGGCAAUUGAGGAAACGCAUACCUUUCCUGUACAGAAAGCAGGAGCAGACGGUUGGACCUUUUCUGAGAAACCUGGUGACUGAACUCUCAUUCAGUCUGGCCAAAUACAACCCACUGUUCCUCUCGUCCAGUCUGGAUAUUGAUCCCAAUGUACAUUUUUACUGGAGAAGGGGACAGAGAAUCAUCCCAAAGGGACAUCGAAGAGGUCGGCAAGAGCCAACCAGAUUCCAGAUCGAUGACCGGCCAAUUAUUCAGAUCAGGAUAACUGAACAACUGCCCCAGUUCAUCUCGCUGGAGGACUCUUAUGCUGCUGAAGUUCAAGAGGUCACUUUGUCUCCCAGCGUCAUGCCUCUCUUCAGAAGGCAGUAUGACAACAACAUUUUUACAGGGGCGAAGCUACCGGACCCGGCCUGCUACGGUCACACUCAGUUCCACCUGGUGCCGGAUCGCUACCACAGAGACAGGAUGGCCCGGAUGCAGCAGUCCGAUCAGGUGGAGGUCUUCCUCCGAGCCAACGCACUCACCAGCCUCUUCGCCUGGACCGGAGCUCAGGCCAUGUACCAGGGUUUCUGGAACCACGAGGACGUCACCAGGCCUUUCGUGUCCCAGGCUGUGAUCACAGACGGGAAGUUCUUCUCCUUCUUCUGCUACCAGCUCAACACAGUGGCCCUCUCUGUGGAGACGGACGCCAACAACCCCAGAAAGAACCUCCUGUGGGGCACCGAGAGCCUGCGGCUGUACGACAGCGUGCAGGACGGAGAGGUGGUGGGUCUGAACGACGACGUCCUCAAGCUUCUGGUUCAGUUCCUCAUGAACAAGCAGUAGACGUUCUCCAGGUUUCUGUGUUGUAACAUUUCUUUAGGGAGAUUGUAUAAAUGUGGAAGGUUUUGCAAGAAAUCAGGAGGAAAACCCCAACAUGGCGGAAAUUAGGACGUUUGUCAGAGUGUAUAAAAUGAAACGUUCAAAAAAGCAGCUUUCUUUAACAGCCAUCUGAGUAUGAACAAAGUGAUGAAAAACACUGUACACACAUCAGAGUAUUAUAAUGGUGCAGACUGUAUUUAUGAAAAAAAUAAAUUAAAAAAAAAACAUG